AUGUUGUCCACCUCCCAUGAUGAUGAGGAGUUGGUCUUGCAACCGACUCCGUCCCGAAUGCCAUCCCAAAUGCCAUCCCAACCGUCGUCCCAACUGUCAUCCCGAAUGCCGUGGCAACAACCUCAUCGUCCGGGGUCGAUGACGUCGUCGGGGGGUUACUUAGGAUCUGAUCUUCGAUAUGCUCUGCACCCCUCCCAGUCCGGCAUCCACUCUGAAGGAACGGGUCAAACGAGCGCCGAAGGAACCCAAGGUUGGAGCACACCUAAUGACCCGGACCCUGGCGCUAUUCAAAUGGACAAUUCUUUGCUGGAUGAUAUCUCCGAGAGAUAUGCACCAGGGGAAGGAGGUAUACCGCAAUGUGUGGAGGUUCCCGGACUCGAGAUCGACCCGAGUCAGCCUUCAGAUGCCACUUUGUCUACCAUCCAGUCUCGAGCAAUGCUUGGUGCGCCAGACUCCAGUGACGCCAUGCCACUUGCUCCACUGUCAAUUCAGCAGGCCAUGCGUCAGGUGAUGAUAUCGGUGAACCAGGUGUCUCGCAAUGAUUACACUUCUGAUCCAGUGUCUCAGGGGAACAGAGACCUUCAAGUACUCUACAGCUAUCUAAAUAAUAAUGGAAUGCCGCCGCCACCAUCCCAGUCUAAUGUGUCAUCCCAAAGGCGCGAUAAUGAUGACAGACACAGCGUCAUCUCAUUACUCAUGAGAUCUAUCAAUACCAAUGGUGCUGCUAUCAUUGUGAUCACAAAACUUUCCGACAGGAUAGAGCAAAUGAUCACGAGCGGAUUCACAAGGACAAUCCGAAUUUACAUCAUGUACCUCCGACUCGAUACGAUUUCCCAGUCCCUUUACACUGCUUUGGUUGUCCCAGAAAUACAUUUGACUCGUGGGAAGUUUUCUGGAAGCACAUCAAGGACCACACCUUUAUUUCUCGUUCCUCCGCCGGCCCUUCAGCCAAAGGUGGUUCAAGCCGUCGCGAUUCACAUGGGGGAGGGAACGGUGGAAAUGCAAAUGGCCCUGGCUAUGGACCUUCUACAGCUGGCCCAAGCAACUACUUCGCACAGCAAUCUCAAACCGGGAGUGACAUCUAUCCUAGUACAUACCCCUAUAGAGAUUCCUCGUGGGCUCAAAAUGGCAGUCAUCGGCGACACUCGGCCUGGGAUAGCCAGUCAAGCGUUGAUCACCACCACGAGAGCGAUCCCAUGGCGGUUUCAUAUAUUCCACAGGGACCCUUACUAG